CGGACGCUUUCUCUCUCUAAAAUUCAUGUUUCUGUUCUUCUUCUUUCCGCAACUCUUCGGUAACGGACACUUCGAACUAACUCGGAGUGGUUGGCUUCGGUUUUACCCUCCGGUGACUGGUGGAGAAAUAAUGAGGGUGUUGACUUUUGUGUUACUGAGCUCGAUUUUGGCUGCUACUCCUAAGUCAUUUGAGGAGUUUAUAUGGGCCGCUAGAUCUCUGCUCAACAGAACACUUUGACAGUUAAGCUGGAUGGAUUACUGAAUGGAAUGAUAACAACAAGUCUUUAUUACCCAAAGGGCCAUGCAUGCACGAAUCGUUCUGAACCACCCUAAUUCUCCUAGUAGAAUUUUAAAACGUCAUUGGCAUUUGGUUGUGCUCCUUGCUUUGGAAAUUUUAUGGAGAGGGCAAUUGUAGUAAUUGUCACUAUCCCAAACCUAACAACAGACGGUCUGAUACAAGCUUGAUUGAUAUGUGAUAAAACCUUCAGUUUCUAUAAAUUUAUCAUAUAAUAAUGCCUUCAUGGUGGAGAAAGUCUUCCUCCAAAAAAGUAAAGAAGAAAGCAAACAAGGAAAGCUUCAUUGAUACGAUACACAGGAAAUUAAAGAUUGCAUCUGAAGUAAAGUGCACCGGUAGGGGUAGGUCGGGCAUUUCUCGAAGACAUUGUAGUGAUGGUGUUUCAGAGAAGGGAUCUCAAUCUCGUGCAGUAUCACGCUCACCAUCACCCUCCACACAAGUAGCGUGUUGUCAGACAUUUGUAGAGAGGCCUCAUGGCCAACCAAUUACACUUCCUGGGGCAAAGGUUACCAAUCAACUUUGUGUUAAUUCAGAAGACGAUGCAUCUACAAAAGAACUACCAGAUAAAGGCUCCAAGCCUUUAUUGUUCCCCCCCCUUCCCACACCUGAAUGUGUAGGGAAUUGUCUGGAUCCCACUGAUGCUGAGGGAGUUUUAGUGACCACUUCUGUUUCUAGUGACAUUUCAAUAGAGAGUGAUGAUCCAUCUGACUCGCGCCUCCUAAGCCCCCAGGCAUCUGACUAUGAAAACGAGAAAAAACUGCCAUGA